GGAUGUACUUAAAUGGUCUGAAACUGUUCUCUCUCAUUCACAUGCUGCUCUCCUCCAGGACUGACUAUCAGCAGACAGCGCUGUAAACUCUCUCUCACGCACCGGAAAAACAACCAUGCACAGUAAAGACCAGAUCAGUCACGAUGACUACCAGACGACAGCUGAUUGGCUGCUCUCCCAGACACAGCACAGACCUAAAGUGGCCAUCAUCUGUGGUUCCGGACUGGGCAUGCUGGCCGAGGCUCUCCAGUGUCAAGACUCCUUCAAAUACUCCGAUAUUCCUGGCUUUCCUCAGAGCACAGUUCAGGGGCAUGCUGGGAGGCUGGUGUUCGGUGAGCUCAGGGGAAAGACCUGUGUGUGUAUGCAGGGCCGAUUCCACAUGUAUGAGGGACACUCGCUAUGUAAGGUCACGUUCCCAGUGAGAGUAUUUAAGCUUUUGGGGGUGGAGACUCUGAUUGUAACGAAUGCUGCAGGCUCGUUAGCAGACAGCUAUCAGUGUGGCGACAUCAUGAUCAUCAGAGAUCACAUUAACUUCCCUGGACUUGCUGGACUGAACCCACUCAACGGCCCCAAUGAUGACAAGUUUGGACCUCGCUUCCCUCCUAUGUCUGGGGUUUAUGAUAAAGACCUUCGCAAGCUGGCUUUUGACAUCUGUAAAAGCAUGGGCGUGUCCCAGUAUGUUCAAGAAGGUGUGUACUGUAUGGUGGGUGGACCCAACUUUGAAAGCGUAGCGGAGGCUCGGCUUCUGCACAGACUGGGGGUGGAUGCAGUAGGUAUGAGCACAGCGCCGGAGGUUCUGGUGGCGAGUCACUGCGGGAUGCGAGUGUUCGGACUCUCCCUCAUCACUAAUAAAGUGGUGAAGAGCUAUCAGGACUCUGAGACGGUCAACCACGAGGCCGUGCUGGAGGUCAGCAAGAUGCGGUCAGAGUCUCUGCAGAAGCUCGUCACUGAACUGGUCGGCCGCAUGGACAUCAAUAACAACACGGCGUGAUGCAUACCUCGUCCCCGUUCAUGAAACCCGUCCAUUAAACCUGAUAUAUCUUACAAUGUCACUUCAGUGGUGCAAUAUGUGGUUUUUAUAUACAUAAAGACAUUUAACCUCA